UGUUCAUUUUAUACCUUCUUUAGUUUCCAACAAGUUAUUUAUAGUAAAAGUAUUUUAUUCUUAAUGAAAUUUCAUUCGUUGAUUUUAAUGUCUCUUUUCGUUUUUGUGUUUAAACCAGGCGAUGCAGAUCAAAGUUUAAAAUAUCGUCAGGAUUAUAGAAAUUAUAUCAAAACAGUGACAAAUUACAUUCGUGCACAUAUUGGAUCAAAUGAAAUACGGAAUCUAAAAUUGAUACGAGAUAUAAAUAGUACUAUUAGUAUAAAGGAAGCAUUCAAACCAGACCUGUAUCUAAUUGAUUUCACAAAUAAUUAUUCUUAUAUAAUAAGUAUACUCAAUUUCAAGUAUACUGAAAUACUAAAUAAAUUCCUCGAAUACACGCAUAUUGUCAUUGAUAAAUGUCAGCAAUUUCAAGAUAAAAAUGUAUCGGAAAAUUUUAUUUGUUGCGUAACAUCAAUUAUAGAAGAAGUAAAAAAUUCCAAGACUAUGUUUGAAAAUCUCUACAACGCUAUGAAGUUUUUGAGCUAUUUAGAUGUAAGAUAUGUGUUUGUUGGAUCAAUUGUAACAAAUGUUAUAAUUGAUGAAAUUGACUUUUUUCAACAAUAUGUCUUACAAGAAAUAUCAGAGGCCAAACCUUUUGAUCUUAACAACUUACCAAAUCUUGAAGACUCUGAAACGAAAUUUAAGAAUUUGAAUGAAUUUUAUACAGAAGCAACAGAAAAAGUAAACAAACUCUUUAAAAAUAGUAAUAUCAUCGACACUUCUAUAAAAACUGACAAAACAAUUGAACUUAAGGAAUGCUUUUACGAAAACGACUCUUACUUAGUCUAUUUAACAUGUAGUAAACUUAAUUCAUUUUACAACGAAACCAUAGAAAUUUGGUACAAAAACCUUGGCUUUGAACAAUUUCUCAACCCUAUUAUACCUGAACUCAUGCCUCCGAUAGAUCCUGCACUCAAUCAAAGUGUUGCAAUUGAAGCCCUCAAUAUUAUUCGUCAAGAAACUGGUUGGAAAACGAUGGAUCACAUAUAUAUAAUUUAUAAUGGUAAACACUUAAGCAUAGACUAUAUACUAAAAGACUCCAUAAAUAAUAUUAAUUUUCGAAUAAAAAAAGAGCAUAUACCACAACUAUUACGAUGUAGGUAUACAGAAGUAUUGAAAAACUACUGUGUAUUAUUAUCUGCUAUAUUGUCUUUAUGUAAUACAGAAGCAAACAAUUUUAAUUAUCAUUGUUUAAGUGAAUUAUUUGGCUCAUUCAACAAAUCCGAAAAAAUGUUAGUUGGGCUACAUACAGCUAUAACUACUUUAAAUAAAUUAAUAAUAUGGCGUUUUAAUUCAAACUCUCAAUCGAGUUUACAUAAAAUAUUAAGGUGGGUUGAAAAUACUCUCACUUUCUUACAGAAAAAUGGAUUUUCUCAAGAUAAAUUUGUUGAUCAACAAGGUAACAUAGACUUGGAGAAGAUUAAAAUACUUUUGACAAUAUUUCAAAAUUUUCGUUAUGACUUUUCUAUAGAAUUAAAGCAUGAUUUGAGUAACAUACACGGGCGUUGUUUAAUAAAAAAUCCUUUUUAUGACAAAUUUUUAAUGAUAGAUGACUUUUUUAAUUCAGUAAUCACAUUGUAUAAUCCUAAUAUUUUACGGUCAACCCAAAUCUAUCUUAAUGCUUGUAAGUUUUUUGACAAUUUUUGUGAAAAUGCUUACAAAUCUUGUUAUGAAGAUCUGGGGUUCAGUAAAGUUAAAUGUCUCAAUAUCAGUUCGGAGAACAGAUUUUUUUAAACUUAUUGUGGAUUAGAUGAAUUAUUUAUCUAUUUAGUUUUCACCAUAUAAUAAAAACUAGAUAUCAACGAGUUGAAUAACUAAAGUAGAUUUCUUGAAUAUGAAAUAAUAAUAAAAUAUCAUAAUGUAGUGAAUAAUAUUAAACAAUAAUAAAAUA